AUGACCAGCGUACCUCAACCCGCCUUGGCUGCAGAGAAAGUCAGACAUGGAGGUUUAUCAACCCGUUACGCCCCAGCACCGAACUCGACGGGAGUGCAAGAGUAUAUGAACGCUUAUCCGCAAAGUGGAGCGACAGAGCCAAAUCUACCCCCAAUGGGAAGAACAGAGUACGCCAAUGCCUCACCUCGUCCACAUAGCUUUUCUGCUUCAAGAUGGAUCAGGUUGUACGCUGUGGACCUCCUCACCAUGGCAGCUAUGGGUGCGAUCGGCCUGGGAGUAUACGAAGCGGACCCGGCUCCUUCGAGAUCUUUUCCGAUAUACAAUCUCGAUGGGGCUAUCGCUUACCCUGAAUUUGCCUACCCUUUGAGGAAGAACAUCAUUCCUAUUUGGCUCGCUGCUCUGCUUGCAUUCAUUUGCCCAUUUGUCUUCUUCGUACUAUUCCAAAUCCGGCUGAGAAGUCUCGAGUUGUUGUUGGGAACGACUAUGGGGUUACUUGAGUCUCUCAUCACUGCCGCCGUCUUUCAAGUAUUUCACAAAUGGCUCAUCGGUGGGCUCAGACCCCAUUUCUUGUCCGUCUGUCAGCCUAGGGUCCCACCUGGCGGUCCUCUGACUGGGAAUGGCUUUCAACGGAUCAUGUAUGAUCGCUCAAUUUGCACAGGGUCCAGAGAUAAAAGUACAAUCGAUGAUUCCCUCGAGAGUUGGAUGUCGGGUCAUUCCACUGCGGCUUUUGCAGGAUUCGUUUACUUGUUCCUCUACUUCAACGCCCAAUUGAAGGUGAUGGCCGACCACCGACCGGCUUAUUGGAAGAUGAUCCUCACUGUCGCCCCUAUUCUUGGGGCUUCUCUAAUUGCUGCUUCUUUAACAGUGGACGAGUUCCAUAAUUGGUAUGACUGUCUGGGCGGAGCUGUUGUAGGAACCUUCUGUGCGUUUAUCGCGUAUAGGAAGAACUUUGCAGCACUUUGGGACUUUCGUUUCAAUCACAUACUCCUGCCGCGGUCCACUUCUCUAUUCCACCGCACCCCAAUCGACUUGGAAGCUCCCACCUCUCGAUUCUCGUACAGUACUCCCGAAGCCCUCAUUCAACGUCCAGUGGCUAGUGAAGGUGGAUGGCGACGAGACCUUCGACCUGCCGGAGCUCCCAGUGACGCUCUCGGCGUCUAG